CAAAAUGCUUAGCAUAUUUCAUACUUCCAAAAGCAAGACAUCAAGUAUUGACAAUAAUAAACUUCGUUGUCACUCAACUAGACUAUCUCAAACUUAAUAUUCUGGUCCAAGAGUAACUGAGGAAGAUAAAUUAUUAUUUGAGAACACUCAAUUAAAAUAUCAGAUUCAUUAACUGGAAGAGGAUUUUAAAAUGUUUAAACUAAAAUAAAAACCAAUGAAAGUAAGCAAAAUUCAUAAAUUUAGACUGAAUAAAGUUAUAAUGGAGAAAUUUAUUUUCAAUAAUAGAAUCUUCGUAAAUUACAAACCUUGAAUAAAUAGCUUGAAUCUGAAUUGUUAUAAAAAAUUAAAAUCAUUGAAGAGAUGAAAAAAUAGAUGAGCCUCACAAAAUAGUAAGAAUUAUAAAUUGAAUGUAAGGAAUAUCAAUCAGAAUGCAUGAGAUUAAAAAAAUAAAUUUAAUAAGUUAGUUAAUUAUUAAAUUAUAAAGUGAAUGGAGUAAAUUUUAAAGAUGUACAUGAAGAUUUAUAAAAAAGACUUAAAAAAAUGCAAGUUGAAACUAAUUAAUAAUAAUAACUAAUUUAAUAAUUACAAUCAGAUACAGUGAGAUAUCAAAAUUAAAUUGAAAAAUUAGAGAUUGAAAAUAAACAUUUGGAUCGAGAAAAUAAAAAAUAAUUACUAUUGAUUAGCCAAAUAUAAGUUCCUUAACAGAAUAAAUUUAAGAAUAGAUUAUAAAUAUAUAGAGAUGAGGUUGAAAUUACAAAACUUUAAGCAAAGAUAAUAGAUUUAUAACAAUAACUUGUAAAUCAAUAGAAUUAUAAGGAGUUAUAUAUACAAUAACUCUUAAAAAUAAUCAACGAGAAAGAUGAUUAAUUAUAAGCUUAUGAAUUAUCGAAUCCAAAUUUAAUUAUAAAAUAAGCUACGGAUACUUAAUAAUUGAUAUUAGAUGAAAAGUAUUAAAAGUGCGUUUAGAAUAUUAAAAGUGAAAAAUCUAUUUAGGAUGAAAUAAUCAGUGAAAUACCAUCCUAAUUAAAUCUUUUUAGAUAACCUAGUCUUCGUAAAAAAUAACAUAUACUUGAUUAUCAGAAAUCAUUUUAAAUCGAAAUGACAAGUAUUCAUGGAUUUGAAGAAGAUUCAAUAUCAAAUGAAGAAGAUGAUGAAGGAUUAUCCCUAAGAAAAGAAUACAAAAUAUAAAAGCUGCCUAAAGUGAAUUAUUAUGAGGUUAAAUCAAUAGGUAAAAAAUUGAAGUUUUAAUUCUAAUUAAAAUCAAUCCCAUUAAUAUAUUUAGAUCAACUAUUAAAUUACUAUUCAGAUUCCUAACUUUCAAUUGAAGAGAUCAUAGAUAUUUUAUCUAAAGAACCUUUCAUGAUGGAUAAUGAAAAAGAAAAACUCUUAGUUGCUAGAUAUCUUGUUGAAGAUAAUACAUAAGAUUAGGUUAUGCAUAGUCUUAAAAAUUCUAAUUCUAUUUCAAUAAUUUAAAGUGUCUUAAAAUAAUUACUCGGAAAAUAUUAAUUGUUUUCCUUUUCAGAAAAAACUAAUAUUGAAUAAAAUCUAAAAUAAAUUUUUACUAAAUAUUAAUACAAAAUUGAAGAUACUUUAUAAUAAAUAACAAUAAAAAAAUAAAAAACACAAUCAGGAGAAUGUGAUUCUUCAGAUUAUGAAGCAACUUUAAAAUUUUGUGAAAUAUAAUUACUACCAAGAUAAAUUGAAUAUGUUGAAAUGAUAAAUUACAAUUUAGGUAAAAAUUUAGAAAAAAUUAAUUACAAAGCUCUACUCUAAUAUUUUUGCAACACUAAAUUAUGA